AUGGUUAUCAAAUUCCCUUCGGGACAAGUCUCUAUCAACAUUCGAGAACUACGAAGCAACCCAUACAGUCAGUUGACUUGCGGAGUGUGCGACAAACCCUGGAUUAUCGGGUCUGAUGGGUGCAUCAAGAAACAGCUGCAUGUCCUUCAUCCAUGUCAACACCUUGUCGGGUCAGGGUGUUGGAGUUCCCUACCAGAUGAGCACAAGGACAAAUGCCCUGUGUGCAAAGUUGGGAUUCGGUGCAAUGAGAAAGUGCGUGUACACUCGCAUGCCGUACACGUCGUUCCAGCGAGCCAUAUUUUAGUUGCCAAGAGCUCCGGGUUAGAGAAGGAAAAACCUCUCGGCCAAGCACAGCACGUAAUCGUGGAGAAUGUGGAGAAUAAAAUGAAAGUGGGCCUCAAUGAUGUCGACGUUAGGGCAAUCAUGUACUACAUGAACCUUCGUGCUCGUCUCGAUGCGGUCAAAGACAAUCUCUGCACGUUAUCAGCUUCAAUCAAAACUCUAACACCCACACACCGAGAACGCCUGGUCCUCUUUCUUGCCAACACACCGCAAAACAACCAAGACAGUAUGCAACGAAAAGUCGAAGUCGCUCUGUCUGCUUUCAACAUCAGUGGCGGAACUAGCUUUACUAUGAAUGAUCUUAGAAAGAUAUUGUCUUCGGCUGAGGAGUGGAUUAAGAAACAUUUCGCUGCCAUUCUCAAGGACAAUGAGCAAGCAAGCAGGGAGGCUUCCUCAGUCAGAAUUCUGGAAAAGAGACUCGCGGAUGUUGAGGCCGAACUCAAAGAGCUUAAGGACCGGCAGUCUCGAGAGAGUGGGCAGCAACUGAGAGAUGAAAUCCAGUUGGCCACUGAAGAAAUUAUAAAAAAAGCCAACGAGGAGCUUGCGAAGGUCUUCGCCAAAGCUGAAAAGGAAGUGGUGGAGAUUUGUGCCAAGGCCAAGGAGGAGUACCACGAAGCUAGAGAGUUUUGGGAAAGCGAUGAAGAAGUAGAAGGGAGCGGACGACGUCGUGCAACUUGA